UGUUUGUUUACUUUUCGGCUUUGCUUAGUUUGUUGUUUUGGACUUUUAAUAAAUUUAAUUUAAUCAUUCUUUUUAUUCCUUAUGACUUUAUCUUGUGAGCAAGCAAACAGCUACACUAGAUUUUCAUGUCCUUUUUAAAACAUGAGACGCUUAAAUUCCAGUUUCUAAACUUUUAAUCCUUUACACGCUGACAAGACAGCGAUUAGAAAAGAACAAUUUCCUCAAGAAUACCACAAUAUUGAUCAUGGCUGAAACUGAAUCAGUAUCUAAGGCAAAGCAGUUGUCAUCAAUGACUAUGGAGUUUUGUGCUGAUAGUGUUGAAUGGUGCCCUUUUUAUCCUUUUUCUCAGUUUCUAGUAUGUGGCACUUAUCAGUUAAACAAAGAGUCUGUUGAUGAUGAACAAAGUCGACUAGGAAAUAUCAGUUUAUUUAAAUUUUCUACUUCUACCGGUUCUCCAUCGGACAGUUUUGGGCUAGUAACUACAAAUGUUGUGCCAACUAGUGGAAUAUUAGACAUGAAAUGGUGUCCAGAUAUGAUCAGUGAUAAACCUAUUCUGGCAGCUGCAUGUAGUGAUGGCAAACUUUUACUUUAUUCGAUAAAUGAAGAAAAAGAUGAGAUAAAUUUAUUUCCUGAAGAUUCUAUAAAUCUUUCUAUUGAGUUGAAUAAAAUUUUACUAUCAUUAGACUGGUCAUGUGAAAACCAAAAAUUGCAUAAAAUAAUUACAUCAGACAAUUUAGGAAAUUUAAAUUAUUUUUCUAUGAGAGAAGCAAAUUUAUGCAUGUUGAAAUCUUGGAAAGCUCAUGAGUUUGAAUCAUGGAUAGCUGCGUUUGAUUAUGAUCAAUCUGACAUUGUGUAUUCAGGUGGUGAUGAUUGCUGCUUGAAAUGUUGGGAUUUAAGAAAUUCACAACUGCCAGUUUUUGUUAAGAAAAGGUAUUCAAUGGGUGUUACAGCUAUAUCAAAAAGCAAAAGGAAUGGAAAUGUAUUAGCAACUGGAAGUUAUGAUGAGAAUGUGUUGUUAUGGGAUACAAGGCAGUUGAGAUCACCAGUUUCGGAAUUAUGUCUCGGCGGUGGAAUAUGGCGAUUAAAAUGGCAUCCAGAUAAUCCAGAAUACUUGCUAUCAGCUUCUAUGCAUAACGGAUUUCAUGUACUUUCAACAAAAGAUACUCAACUAAACCUAAAACUACACUAUGAAAAGCAUGAGUCUUUGGCCUAUGGAGUUGAUUGGUGCCAUGUAUCAGAAUGUCAUAAAACUAAAGACAAUGAAUUGUGUUCAAGCUUAAAAAAUCAGAGCUUGAGGAAUAUAAUUUCUUCCUGCUCUUUUUAUGAUAAACUUUUGACUGUGUGGGGAAUUGACUUUUAAUACGUUUAUUAUAAUAUAAUGUAUUUGUGUUCAAAAUAUAUUUAUUUUAUUUCAUAUUUUUCUAAAUGUGAUGCAUUAAAAAAAGCGGCUUUUGAAACAAUUUGUCAUCAAGGUAGAUGGAAUACAAAGAAAAGUAGUAUGUAAUACAUAGAGAUUUUUUAAUGAUGUAGAAGAAAAAUGAAAAGUUAAGAAUAAGAAAACAACAACUACAAGAACAUAGGAAGAAAAAUAGCAGAAAAUAAACAUGCUGGAGUUCUGGUUCUUGAAUU